CCCCCGGACCUGAAUGAAGACAGGCUAGUCAGUCCUCCGCUACGGCUAACUAAACUGCGGAACUACGGCAGCAGUACAGCCCGUUGCUCGUCAUCUGUAGACUGAAGUUGCGGUACAGCGUAAACACCACGGCCUUCCUUAUCGUUCACCCUUGCGUGUAGGUUAUCGACUGCAGGUAAGAAAGCUAUCGAGAACAGUCACAAGUUGCUCGUUAAGUUAAUGUUAGCCAGUUGCGUCGUUUGACAGCUAACGCUAACUAGCUAGUCUAAUUGGUAUUCGUCGUCAGUUUCAAAACAAAGCCCGCAAAACCGAGAAGUUGAGACUCAGCUGUCACCUCCAGAAUAGCCUGCUACAAGGCAAGGUAUCUUGGGUGAAAUCUGUCAAACGAUUGAAAAUAUAUUACGCUAUCCAGCUGAUGUUUUGCACGCUCAGCGAAUGCCCAGUUAACGUUAUUUCGCUGGCGUUAAGGCUAAGUUGAAGAAGCUGACAGCAGGUUAGACAGUGACGCGUUGGAACUGAUAACUAAUCCAGCAGCUAGCGUUAAGAUACGUGGCUCUGUCCAUAAAAUCAGAGUCAAGUUAUCUUUGAAGCUUGGAUUUAAAUGUCCGAGAAGAGUUCAUCGUCCGGUUCGGAUGAGGAUGUGGACCCGGAAUCUGGGCAGCCUGCGGAGCUCGGAGGCGUUUUAAGCAAGUGGACAAAUUACAUACACGGAUGGCAGGACCGAUGGGUCGUGCUGAAAAACAAUACUUUGAGCUACUACAAGUCGGAGGAUGAACGGGAGUACGGCUGCAGGGGGUCUCUGUGCCUCAGCAAGGCUGUCAUUACACCUCAUGAGUUUGACGAGUGUCGUUUUGACAUCAGUGUGAAUGACAGUGUUUGGUACCUCAGAGCUGAAGAUCCUGAGCACAGACUCCAGUGGAUUGAGUCGAUAGAGCUGCACAAGGCCGAGUCUGGUUAUGGUUCAGAAACCAGUCUGAGGCGUCAUGGUUCCAUGUUGUCUCUCACCUCCGCAGCCAGUGCCUUGUCUGCCACAUCCACAUCCUCCUUUAAGAAGGGGCACAGGCUGCGUGAGAAGCUAGCAGAAAUGGAAACCUUUCGGGACAUUCUGUGCAGACAAGUGGACACCCUGCAGAAAUACUUUGACUCCUGUGCUGAUGCUGUCUCCAAAGAUGAAUUUCAGAGAGACAGAGUAGUAGAGGAGGACGAAGAUGACUUUCCUACCACUACAAGACCCGAUGGUGAAUAUAAUCACAACAACAAUGGCAGCAAAGAGAAAUUGUUUUCCCCUGCGAUUACCAAAGGUGUAAACGGGAUAGACUUUAAGGGCGAGGCCAUCACCUUCAAGGCCACAACAGCCGGCAUCCUCUCUACCUUGUCCCACUGCAUUGAACUGAUGGUCAAACGAGAAGACAGCUGGCAGAAAAGAUUGGACAAGGAGCUCGAGAAGAGGAGGAGGGUAGAAGAUGCCUACAAGUCUGCUAUGCAUGAACUGAAGAAAAAGUCACACUACGGAGGCCCAGACUAUGAGGAGGGGCCAAACAGUCUGAUCAAUGAAGAUGAGUUCUUUGACGCUGUGGAAGCAGCACUGGACAGACAAGACAAGAUGGAGGAGCAGUGCCAGUCAGAGAAGGUCAGGAUAUCUCAAUCUUCCUCAGUUUCUGCUGGAGACGCCUACUCCACCAUCGGUACACACAGAUUUGCCAACAAGCUCCAUAGCCAUUCUUCUUCCCUGUCUUCCGCUGAGCUGCUCAGUGCUUUGGAUGACAUUCACAGAUUCAGCGCUCAGGUGGAGGAGAUGGUGCAGAAUCAUAUGACUUACUCUCUUCAGGAUGUGGGUGGAGAUGCCAACUGGCAGCUGGUAAUAGAGGAAGGAGAGAUGAAGGUAUACAGGAGAGAAGUGGAGGAGAAUGGUAUCGUCCUGGAUCCUCUCAAAGCUACGCAUUCUGUGAAGGGAGUGACAGGACAUGAGGUGUGCCACUACUUCUGGGACACAGAUGUCCGAAUGGACUGGGAGACCACCAUUGAAAAUUUCAACGUUGUGGAAACGCUCUCUGAUAAUGCCAUCAUUGUUUACCAGACGCACAAGAGAGUGUGGCCUGCUUCUCAGAGAGAUGUGCUCUAUCUGUCAGCCAUCAGAAAGAUCAUGGCAACAAACGAAAAUGAUCCAGACACAUGGCUGGUCUGCAACUUCUCUGUGGACCACAACAAUGCCCUUCCCACAAACCGGUGUGUUCGUGCCAAAAUCAAUGUCGCCAUGAUCUGCCAAACGCUGGUCAGCCCACCAGAGGGUGAUAAAGAGAUCAGCAGAGACAACAUCCUUUGUAAGAUCACCUAUGUUGCCAAUGUAAACCCAGGAGGCUGGGCUCCAGCCUCGGUCCUCAGAGCUGUGGCCAAGAGAGAGUAUCCCAAGUUCCUUAAACGCUUCACCUCCUACGUCCAGGAGAAAACUGCUGGGAAGCCCAUCCUCUUCUGAACAAAAAGAGGCUCGCGAAAGGCUGAGGUUGCCCACCAGAGAGACUGGGUUGUUCAGCAUUAAACAGGCUCUCGACUACAUGACCCAUUCACCUGACAGUUAGAACGUAUUUUCAGGCUACUACAUGCAGGACACCAUAUCAUCCACAGUACACCUGCUUGUAGAGGAGACUGGUUUUACAGCUUUAAUCCGUCAGUAAUUCUCAUCCCAGCCACAUUAUAAUGGCUUAACACCAUCUGUUGGUCAUGGGUACAUUUGUAUGUAAAUUCAAGAGUUUCCCAAGUGGUUUUUGAAUUGUUGUUACGGAUUAUUUGCUUUUUUUGUAAAUUGUUUUGUACAUUUCCUAUGAUUACAUACUUCUUGACUUUUUUUGGGUUUGCUUCAAUCACUAGUAUUACAGCUCCUUGUUUUGCUGCUGCUAAAGUAACUACCAUGAGUGAGGAAAGUAGAUAUUGACAGGAAAAGCAUUGAUGAGGUGUGGUACCGUGUCUCCUCCUUCUUGCCUUCUCCUGUCCCUCUAGUGAUGACUCUCUCUGCAGUUUGAGGGAGGGUCAGAGCCUAAAGCGUUGAAGUCUUUAUAUUUCUAGAUUGUUAUAAAGUCGCUUUCGGAGAGCACCAUGGACACAAUGUAUUGUAUAGAGAAAACAGACUAAGUCUUCAGUUAGUUUACCUAUGUGAGAAAUGUGAAUUGACUGUUAAACGCUUGAAUCUGAUUACUGUGAUGGGCCAAGGAAACCUGAAGUGGCAAAUGAAGAGCAUUUUCUAAGUUUAAUGAACUCAUGUUGAACAAUAUUUUUGACACAUUUGAACUGAUAAUCAAUAAUUGGAUAACUAUGAUGUAGUUAACUGUGGUGUAUAGGUGCUAAGUUGCACCCUAUUGUCAGCGUAUGUCUGUCUUGAACCUCCAUGUCACACACAGUUCCUGACAGGCAUUUCGAAAUGAGCAGCCAUAGUGACUAAUUCAAGAUCCUCUCUUUCACUGAGAGAUGAGUGGAUACAUUUCACACACCCUAGGUUGUUUUUAACCAUUGGAUGCUAUUCUGCAGGUUACGGUAAAGUUGUAAAAUGCUGAGUAGGCUAUCAUCUGUUCCCUACUUUCUCAGUCAUACUCUAACAUUACAUUUCACAUGCCACACUACAGUACAGUGGCCUCCUGCCCUAUGACUGAUAAACUACCCCUAGAAUGCCUUAGACACCAGGAUGAACCCUAAAAAUCCUGGCUUUCUCUACUGUACAGCCACCAGAUGUGCAUUUAUCAACACUGAAAUGAAGCCGGGGGGGGGGGUCAGCAUUUCACAUCAUCUUACCUCAAGAUUUAUAUUUACUCUAGAUUGUGUUUAAUGCCAUCAAAAGUUGGGAGUUUUGCAGUCAGUAGAUCUGCAUACUUAAAAAUGAAACCAUCAGAGUUUCGGUUCAAGAGGUUAGUAAGGAUCUGGAUAAUUGUUUUGCUGAUGAUUACAAGAGCUAGAUCUAUGAGCAAUGUAAGCUGAAGAAUGCAUUUAGUGUUUUUAAUUUUGAUAUUCUGUCAGUAAUCUACACACUUUGUAUAUUUCUAAGUUGUACAUCAGAAGUGUUAUUAUUUGCACUAAAUGUAAUGCAAUUUGACAAUGUUCUGUAAAUUAAAAUUGUUACACAACAGAAUUGA